CAACCUCUUUCAGGUUAUCCACCAACUCCGUGUCUCCACAGCGUCUGCCACAGGCUGCCGGUAUAUAUUAGCUUAUAUCCCCAGGUUCCUCUGAAUUUUUCUGUUGAAAAUUGUGAAAUUUGUUUAAAUUGUCUUAAAUUUGUUUUCAUAUCUGAGAUUUUUCAUUUUCACCAGAUCUUACUCCAUAUCGAUUCCACUUUCGCUACAGCCGUCUAAAUAUUUAGCUAUCAUUUGACGACUCUCAUUCAUAACUCGUACUAGUCUGCUAUUAAUUUGUGCACCUAGGCUUUCCAGACGUCUUUUCCUACUAUCCAUCACCCAGGAAAAGCCGGACCAACCCUCCUUUACCUCAGAAAAACCUUCAUUGACGAUUCCUAUGGACCAAACUAACUAGAGAAAGUAACUGAAAGUCUUUUUUUACUACUUUUUUUCUAGUUUUUUUUGUUCCUUUUUUUGUCAAUCGUAUCGUUUUUUUCACUCCAGUUAUUUUCAUCUACUGCCCUGCUGCACAAGAAAAAAAGCUCUCUGUUGAAACUAAAUUGAUAUUGCAAUAUUGAAAUUCUACCAAUUCAAUAACUUUGCUCAAUUUAAUAUUUCACUAAAACAAACAAAAGGAAUUCUCCUGUUCAUACACAUUAUCACUAUAAACCCUAUUCACCAUGGCCUUAGCUGACAGAAGACCCAUUGGCUUUCCUGUAGCUUCUACACCGGCUUCUCCUGCUUUCAACCCCAAAACAUUGCUGCUCGCAAAAACGCCCAAAUCGGCAAUUGGCAGCGACAAGGAUUUGGCUGCGAAUUUGCAAGCGAACGAAGACGACUCCGAUCUCGAUUCCGACAGUCCCAGUUCACCCGUUUCCAUCUUGAAGCACUCGGGCGACAUGUCUGCCUAUACCAAUGACAAGUCGCUUUCACCAGAAGCGAUGUCGCCGACGUCCAGAAGCAUUUCGCCCGAUCUGUUGAUGAAUGGAGACUCCAAGAAACUUAACUCACGCGGCUCGACUCCACCCACCUCCUUGUCGACACCACCAUCCUCUCAAUCUGCCUCUGCUGGUCUUCCCUUGAAGAAACCAAAGAACACGUCUAGAGUCCCUAUCGCUACAGGAAUUUCGACCACUAUUCCAGUCACGGGUGAAAAACCAAAGCCGGAACAAAAAGGUGAUCCUUCUUUGGAAGACGACGUACUCUUUGCCAUCUUCCUUAUCUUGUACGAAAAGGACCCAGAAGGUGCUGGUAUGACUGUGAAACAGAUCUGUGACAUCUUGAUCGAACGUCAUCCUGACAUGGCCAAUCUCUCGACGAAGACUUCUAACUUGGUUAGUGCCAAAUUGAACGCUUACGUCAAGAGAGUGGAAAAGGGAGACUCUUCGUUGAAGUAUGCAUUGUCCCGUGACUGGGCUGAUGCUUCUCCCAAAAGAAUGGUAUAUGUCUACCGUGGGUUGUUGACUGAUGACUUCCAUAUCCAUGUCAAGAACAUGAUGGAAACACAGAAAACUACUCAGGAAGAAGAACCAUCACCAACAUCUUCUUUCUCUGGCUCUCUUCCUGAUUCUCUUGAAGCUGGUAAGCAGGCUACUUUGAAACCAAGAAGACAGACCAUGUUCGACUUGGGAGUCACCAAGGCUACUUUCUUGGAUACUCCUAUCGAAAAGUCCAACUUGUUCGUUCCUUAUUCUUCUGCUCCAGUAGCUGCAUCCUUGACAGAAGCUGUCGAUCCCACAGAUGACGACAAGAAUCUCAAUGAUUCAGACUUAGAGUUUGAAGACUUCGAGGUUUUUCACGACGACGAAGAUGACGACCUCAUCUCCGGAGCUGGCGAUCUCUAUAUCGAUAGUAUGAAGAAGAACGGUAAACGAUCCAAAUCAUUGUCGUAUCUUUCUUUGAACAAGAAGUCCAAAAUCAUGACUGCUGCCGCUGCUGCUCCCAGAGCUCCACGUACCCCAAGUUCACACUCCCCCAAUGCUGCUGCCGCUGCUGCCGCUUUACACGCAGCUGCAUUGAAGGCCAUUUCGGAUUCGACAGACACCUCCGACUCUGUCAGAUCCGGUUCAGAAGGAUCGACUGGUUCUGUUCAUUCUAACAAGAAAUGGUUGAAUGUCAUCAGAUCCGGGUUCAUGACUCAGGAUAUCGGAACCCCGGAAGACAUAAGUUUAUCGGACUUAGACAAGUUCUUUGCCUAGUCUUUCUAAAUGUUUUGUGAUGGCAAGCUUUUGUGAACUUCACUAGAAUUCUGCUAAGAAUUUAUCAUUUACCUGAGUAUCAUCCACUCGUACCUAAUGACGUUACAAAACUUUUUAUAUCUCAUCCACCAUAUCAUUCUCGUUCAGUUGCUUUACUUUUUAUCCAUCUUCGUCCUCGUCCUACUACAUUUUUUUUAUUGUUUGCGUUAAUGUCCUUGUAUGUUCUUUGGUUGUUAAUGAAAGAAUGUUUAACUGGGUUGUCUUUUGGUUACUUAUUAUUCGUUUUUGUCUUUGUCCUCUACUUCUUGCAAUUGUGUUCCUUUAUUAUUACGACUUACUUCUUCAUGGCUAUUCAAAAAUCUUUUGGCGGUUUUUUCACCUUGCUAUAUAUGUUAUAUAUACCAACUCUACUUGCCCAUACAUCUCUUUGGCUAUUUGAAGGAAAAAGAUCAAAAACAUCAAAAAAAAUCCUCUCUCUCCUAAAAUCAUAAAAGAAAAUGGC